UCUCCUCUCCCAUUCGCUCCCCCGCGGCCCCGCGUCGGAUGCCUUUAUUAAGGAAUCGCCGAAAGGGGGAGCGGUGUAUAGUAGAGCGAGACAAGAAAAGUGCUUUUAAAAGAAGCAGAAGCAGAAUCCUAUAUGGGUGCUUCUUGAGGAAGCCGAUCGAUGUGUUGGGCUUUUGGGGUUUCGCUUGUGGGGGUGGGGGUGGGGGUUUUGAGGGUUCCUGGGAGAGUGAAGUGAGAGGUUUUGCCAGCGAUGGAGUCGAAGAGGGCUCAGAACAGUAAGGAGAAGAAGAUUAGGAGAAAGGAGGUGUUGGAGAAGAAAAAGGCAAUUGACGAUACUAUUAAGAAGGCAGCAGCUGUAAAGGAUCAUCUAGCUUCUUUUCCACCCUUCUGUCAGUACAAUCGAAAUGGUCUUUCAGUCUAUUUAGAGUCGGGGUCUGGAGACCAACUCUCCUCUCUUAUAAAGAAGUAUAUACAAAAUCUCCUUAAGGCCAAUAUGGAGGGUAUGUAUGGUUCAGAGUGGCCUAUGGAAGAGAAAGUGAAACGCAGGGAAAUGAUUGCCCCAGAAGCACGAUAUAUAUUUGUGCGAGAAUUUCCAAAUUCAACUCCUGAUGAGAAAUCUCUAAAAGCUGAUGAAAAAGCAGGUGGAGACCGUCUUGCUGGUUUUGUACAUUACCGAUUUAUUGUCGAGGAAGAUGUACCUGUUGUUUAUGUGUAUGAACUACAGCUCGAAUCUUGUGCUCAAGGGAAGGGAUUAGGAAAAUUUCUAAUGCAGCUAAUUGAACUUAUAGCUCGAAAGCUUCAACCACAUCUUGUGUCAUUUGGGAACCAAGUUGGAGCUGUGAUGCUGACAGUACAGAAAACUAAUGUAGCAGCCAUGAAUUUCUAUAUGAAUAAGCUCAGAUAUGUGGUUUCAAGUAUUUCACCAUCACGGGUGGAUCCACUGAUUGGAGCUGAGAAAAGCUAUGAGAUUCUAUGCAAAGCGUUUGAUACUGAAGCAAAAAUAAGACUGGAGGAAAGCAACGAGACAAAUCUCGCCAUGCGAAAUGGCACCACACAAGGGUUAGGUGCAAAGUGAACAUACAACUGAUGUAUAUGUUGAUAGAAUUAUCCUUAUUACUAGUUCUUUUAUUCUUGGGCUAAAUUUUGUUGCAAGAGCUCAUAGCCCAAGAGCAUAAUUGCUAUUCCAUAUUGUAUUCUGUAAAGGAUGGGUUGUAUUUUAUAUACAAGAUGGGAUAAUUACUUGGUUUAUUACUACUGCUAAUCUCAUUUAAGUCCCACGAUUCA